ACAAAAUAUAUAUACUUUUCCAAUACAACACUGUCGCCUAAUUCCGCAACUCUUAGAAAAAGCGAGUCAGAGUCAGCCAAGAGCAGCAGAACGCCGCCUUUGAUGCCCAUAUGCUGACUUAGCCACCUUUACGCGCACCCACAUCAUUCUUCCUUACCUACUUAAGACUUUUUGUUUGCUGCUAAUGAAUGCCUGCACUUCUCUGAGUUCAUCAAUGGGAGUCGAUAGAAAAAACCCAGGUACCAGAAUUUGUAACUUCUCAUUCCUUAUUGUUUUCUGCUGGUCUCUCCCUCUGUUUUGCUCUGCGUCGAGUUCGAUUUCGCAGGGGCAAUCUAUAAAAGAUGGAGAGAGACUGAUCUCGGAUGGCGAAAUAUUCGAACUGGGUUUCUUCAGUCCGGGGAAUUCAUCGUCCCGGUACGUCGGAAUUCGGUAUUACAAAAUUUCGGACCCGUCAGUGAUCUGGGUUGCAAACAGAGAAAACCCAAUUUCUGAUAAAUCUGGAGUCUUGGAAUUUAGAAGUGAUGGAAAUCUGGUUGUUUUGGAUGGAAAUGGCACCGCUGUUUGGUCUACUAACGCUUCAGCCGCCACUAACUCGACGGCGAGACUCCAUGACGAAGGAAGUCUUAUUCUUUCCCGCCGCGGCGAUGCCAACGUGGUCUAUUGGCAGAGCUUUGACGAUGCAGCGGACACAUUUUUGCCGGGAAUGAAAGUUGAGGUGAGUGAAGAGAGAGAGAAUCGGUUUCUGAGUUCGUGGAAGUCGGAAAGUGACCCUUCGGCCGGAGGGUACUCAAUGGGGGUUGAUCCUCGAGGAUCGCCGCAGAUUGUGAUAUGGGUAGGAUCAGAACGGCGGUGGAGAAGCGGGCAUUGGAACAAGCAGAUAUUCAUUGGACUUCCGAAUAUGCCAACUACUUAUGCAUUUGGUUUUAAGCUUAGUGAUGAGAAUGGGAAACCAUAUUUUACAUACAGAUCGUGGAAUCCUUCAGAUAAGUUGAGGUUUCGGAUAAGGUGGGACGGGUACGAAGAGCAGCUGCUGUGGGCGGAAGAGAAGAGCCAGUGGGAAGUGAUACAAUCUCAUCCUAACAAGACCAACCAAUGUGAGUUUUACAACAAAUGUGGAAGGUUUGGGGUGUGUAGUGCAUCUGAUGAAUCGAGUUCAAUUUGCCGUUGUAUGCAUGGAUUUCAACCGAGGAAUUUGGAUCAAUGGACUGGGGGAAAUUGGUCGGAAGGGUGUUCUAGGAAAACCCCUUUGCAGUGUCAGAGAAAUAGUUCUAAUGGAACGGUGGCAAGGGAUGAAACAGAUGGAUUUGUAGCGAUAAGGUGUGCCAAGUUGCCGGAUUUUGCAGACUUGGUUGUUGCAGUUCCAGGGGAGAGCUGCGAGGAGAAAUGUCUCGAGAAUUGUGCUUGUACUGCAUAUGCAAUGGUUCAAGGGAUUGGUUGUAUGAUGUGGACCGAAGACUUGAUUGAUGUCGAACAAUUUACAAAGGGAGGAAACACGUUGCAUAUACGUGUUGCGCAUUCAGAUUUAGGUAGCAAGCACAAAUUGUCCACCGCUGUGAUAGCAGUAAUUUCUGUAGCGGGAGCAUUGUUCGCUGUCAUCAUCCUAUUGCUUUUGUGGAAGUUUAAAGCAAAAUUGAAAGUGUUGCCCACCACUUCUUCAAUUUCAUGGUUAAGGGGAGGUGAUACAUCAACGCUCGAUGCUGGAAAGAGAGAAGAAUUUUCAACAGAUGCUUCAGGAUCAGUAAAUGUUUAUUCAGAAGGGAAUCAAGUAAAUAGAUCCGAAUUACGGCUGUUAAAUUUGAGUUGUGUAGCAGCUGCUACGAACAACUUUUCUGAAGAAAAUAAGCUUGGGAAGGGGGGAUUUGGUACUGUCUACAAGGGUAGCCUUCCAGGGCUACCACAAAUAGCUGUAAAAAGACUUGCGAGAAGGUCUACUCAAGGAUUGGAGGAGUUCAAGAACGAGAUUAGUCUGAUUGCUAAGUUACAACACAGGAAUCUCGUGAGACUUUUGGGCUGCUGCAUUGAAGGAGAAGAAAAGAUGCUGGUUUAUGAAUACAUGCCAAAUAAAAGCUUGGAUUUCUUUCUUUUCAAUCCAGCCAACCAAUCACUACUAGAUUGGAGAAAACGCUUCACGAUUAUUGAAGGGAUUGCACGAGGGCUCCUUUAUCUCCAUCGUGAUUCAAGACUUAGAAUUAUUCAUCGGGACCUAAAAGCUAGCAACAUUUUGCUGGAUGAAGAUAUGAUUCCCAAAAUUUCAGACUUCGGUAUGGCAAGAAUAUUCGGGGGUAAUGAAAAUGAAGAAAAUACAGCCCGGGUUGUUGGCACAUACGGUUAUAUGUCACCUGAAUAUGCAAUGGAAGGUCUGUUUUCAGUAAAGUCAGAUGUCUUUAGCUUUGGUGUAUUGCUGCUAGAGAUUGUGAGUGGCCGAAGGAACACAAGUUUGCGAUCAACGGAACACUUAAGCCUUAUUGGAUAUGCGUGGCAUCUUUGGAACGAGAAUCGAGCAGUGGACCUCAUUGAUCCUUCCAUCGCAGAAACAUGUUCCCAGAAUGAAACUGAAUUAUUGAGAUGCAUACAUGUAGGGUUGCUGUGUGUGCAAGACUAUGCAGCUAGUAGACCAACCAUGCCGGCCGUGGUGUUAAUGCUGGAAAGUGAAGCUGCAAAUCUUCAGUUACCAGUACAACCUAUGUUUACUUCAAUUAGGAGACACGUGGAAACAAAUUUUGGUACAGAAGGCCAGGAUGUAGCAUCCUCGAACAAUGUAACGAUUACAAUGUUGGAAGGGAGAUGAUAGUUAAUCUUCCUCCAUGUUUAUAUGCUAUUCCAUCUCCUAUGGGGGUUAUUAGUAAAAUUUGUAUAGCCUGUAAUUUUUAGUUAAACAAUCGUCAGGGGAAAAGUAAAUACUAA